UAAAGCAGAAAGGCGAAGUCUGUUGAGAUUCGCCUCUUUGACGUGUGCUAGCGACAUCCUCGCAAUUACUGCCUAGCGGAACUCCACUUCAGCCCUUCCCUCCCUUUGGCAUUCCGUGUCUUUGACUUGUGUAGCAGACUGCGAGUUCCACUGAUCAGGACUGCAUCCGGCACCAGGCAUCACGCAAACAGUACAGAAGAAAAUAAUAUUCCAGCAGAACGAUUUUCACACAAGCAUGUGUACACAAAUCAAUAAUUUAUUUGAUGGAACAUAACCAUUUGUCAACAAAUGUUUCACUGUCAUUAUUGGUGGAAUGAUUGGAUUGUUAUGCCAGACAGCACUAUUCAAAGAGAUGAACAUCACAUGUAAGAUAAGAAAAACAAUGAUUACAGAAGGCUUGUCUUUUAUGAAAGGUUUGGUGCUAGGAGUAAUCUUGUGUGUCGGGAUAACUUUCCUGGUUGACAUAAAAAAGGGACCUCUUUCUAAAAUAAUUCAACAUAAGGACUCCCACCUUCUCAGUGCAUCUUACCUGCAGAACUUUGCGGAACUUCCCAUUCAUAAACAAACAGAACUUCGACAGAGAGUCAGGGUUUAUUGUAUUAUAUUUGUAACUCCAAAAGAACUUGAACAAUGGGCUGCAGUGGAGCAGACAUGGAGCAAACACUGUGAUAAGGCAGAAUUUUAUUCUUCAGAAGAUGUUAAAGCAUUUAAAACCAUUAAUCUUGAAACAGCGGAUAAGUGGAAAAUGAUCCUAAGAGCAUGCAUGCUUGCGUAUCAGAAUUACAUAAAUGAAUAUAACUGGUUUUUGAUAGUAAAUCACAACACAUUUGUCAUAAUUGAGAAUUUAAAGUACUUUUUAUUUGACAAAAACCCAGAACAUCCUUAUUACAUUGGGAAAUCCUUAAAACAUGGAAGUGAUAAUUACAUUGACUCUAGAGGAGGUAUCGUUUUAAGUAAAGAGGCCUUACGAAGGUUCAUCACUUCCCUGGAUAGAUGCUUAGAAAAUUAUAAGUCAGUCGGGCAUUUAUCACCAGAUGUAGUUUUUGCACUAUGUCUGAAAUAUAAAAGAGUGCUUGCUACAAAUGCUGAAGACAAUAAGGGAAGGAUGUUAUUUAACACAAACAUAGUUAAUAAUCUCAUCAACGAAGCAAUGUCAACACACCCACAAAAUGUUCUGAAUGGUUGCUGUGCUGAUACUGCCAUUACGUUUCAUGGACUUUCACCUAAUCAAAUGCACAUCAUGAUGUAUGGAGUUUACAGACUGCAUGCGUAUGGAUAUUACCACCUUGAUGGUGAAUUGGUUUUCUUGCCACCUGAUGACUCAGACUUAAAAUAAGCCACUUUGAACUCCUAAAAUCUGCAUAUAAAUUGUGUAUGCUUCAUUGUUAAAACUGGAUUCAGAUCAUAUUUUAAAAUCAGGCUGAGGUUUUAGAAUUUUUGGUGUUUUGUAGUUGUUGUUGCCAAUCUACUGAUCAGAAUAUAUGACUGGCAGCUCAAAGAUCAUAAAGAAAAAUCUGAGCAGUCAUAUAGUUAAAGUAACCUGGAACAAAAUGGUUAACCUUCCAGUAUUCAAUCUACUCACCUGUGGAAAUGGGAAUUACCAAGAAACAUAGGGAGGUGAAAUGUUGCCCCUUAGGUUAUUAUGGGUAAUAGAUUACAUAAAGAAAAUAAAGAGAUGUAGCUGCUUUUUAUCAUGCCAAACUGUUUAUUUUCCAGAGAAGUAAUUAAAGACAUACAGACAGCAUAUUAUUCCACGCUUAUCAGAUUUAAGUUUUAUGUCCUUAAAUUAUUUAUAGAUUAGAUUUUUUAACUGUUGUCUGUCCAUUAGGCACCAAUAUCUCCAUAUUUGGCAUGUAGUUAUAGUAUAAACAAUGGGCCAUAAUCAUUUGGGUUGGUCAGAAGCAGUAAAGAUGCAAUAUCCAGAAGUUUUUUUCCCCUAGGGUGGGGAGAUAGGUAUAGUAUAUGGUGCUGCCUGUGCCACAUGGAGAGAGCUAGGUUGUGUCCUUGUGAGCUACUUACAGUAGUGUAAUGGAUACCUACACUCCAUAAAUAAAGUAUAUUUGACUAUUUGGUAUCUCAAAUUCCUGAUAGCUGCACUUACAAGGGUAAGCAACCAGGUAAAUAUGUUGUAGGAACUAGGCAUUUUUGCAAAGUGUAUAAGGGGAAAACCUGGAAAUGAACAGACCAGCCACUGCAAAGUAAUUGUGUUAUUUAAAUAAUAUAAUCAUUGUUUAUAUUUCUUAUUACUACUGACAAAAAUAAACUGUAAGACAGCUGGAAUGUUACGCUCUUCACAUCUGUCUACUAGGCAACAGUAAUGCCAAAAUGGAGUCUACUCUGCAUGCAGAGAAGUAAUAUUGUUGAAAUAAUGUUAAAAGAAAUUUGAAAUAUUCUGAAAGAUUACGACUGUAGCUUGUUUCAAAAUUUUCAUUUGUGCUAUCUUACUGUGAAAUGAAACAAGCAUGCUGUCAUCAUUGCUGCCAAUUUAGUAUGCAUUCCUCUGAUUCUUUGUUGGUUGACUUGCUAUGGUCCUACACCAUUCGUUACAUAGUAACAUUCAUUACAUAGUAACAUGACUAACUCAGUAUUGUCAAAAUCACUGUCUGGGUUUCAUGUUGGAGGAAUAUACCUUAAUAUGGCUACUAUGUCAAUAAUUGUAACAUAAGCAAAAAGAAUGCUGCGUUCUGAAUGGCUGAAAUCUGUUUUCAGGUAGUCCACUAUUUUAUACAUUGUCUCAAAUGAGGUUAACAUAUCUAAAAAAUAUAUUGAUAGUUGUAUUAUAAUGAGUUUACAACACUUUUUUGGAUUUAAGUUGCUUUUUACCUUCUCCACUACUUGAAAAUAGGGUCAUUAUCCUAUUGUAGCACAACUCUCUGUACUCUGUUGCUUGAAUAUAUGAUUGUUUAGCCUUUUCAGCUGUAAUUUGACAUUCCUGAGGUAAAAACUAUUUAACUUGUAUACUUCUCUGUAUAACUAAGUACUGAAAUGUUUGAUUUUACUUUAACUUUCUUUAAGCACCCUUAUCCAAAGUCAGUAAUUUACUUGUACCCAGAAAUUUGUACUAUGGAUUAGCAAUAUGUGAAGAAAAGCAGUGACUGUGCCAUUACAGUAAACAUGCAUAUCACAUUGAAAGCAGCACACACUGAAGUUUUGCCUCAACAAUGUAAGCAAGUUGUGUUGCAUUUGCUCAUUAGCCAAUAACUGUGCAGUACAAACAUCUUUACAUGUGCAAAAACAUGCUUUUGGGCCUGCUAUAUAUGGAAAGCAAAACUUCAACUGAAGUUUUAUUUGUAUGUAUUUAUUACUAUUCUGUGUCAAAGAAGGUAGUAGGGAGGUUGGUGUACUAAUUCUUUUAAGCCAUGACUUGGGCUCAGAGGAAAAUUAGAAAAGGGAUAUGUGCUCAGACAAAUAUGUAAUACAGAAACUGCAAGUUAAACAUAUACAAGUCUCAACAAAGUUUUACAAAGCAAGUAUAAUGCUUUUACAUAUAAGUAAUAUGAAACAAAAAUUACAUAAAACAAAAAAGGCUUCUGUUUUCUAAUACUGUGAAGUAGUGAAUCAUACAUAACUAAAUUUCCACAUAAAAAACAACCUUUGUCCUUGAGAUGUUAAACCAAGGCCCCGCACAUGCAAAGAAGCUAAGCAGCUGCAACAUGCACACACACAAGUAGAUAUUCAAGAAUGCAGAUGUUCUGUAAUUCACAAAAAAUACACUGGAAUAUCAUCAACCAACCACCACCACCAGUAUUGAACAAUACAAGUUAAAUAAAAUGACAAAGCAAUUAAAAUUAAAAAAGAACCAUAUUUAAUUCAUGCUCAGUAACAAGCAUGGAUGCAUGUUGGUAUUCUGCUGCAAUACAGUAGAGCAGAACCAGUUCCCUCCGUCAAUGUAAAAUUAACUUAAAAAAAUGGAAGAAAAAAAUAAAUAAAAUAGCAAAACAAGAACAAAUCCAAAAUUUUGUGAGAUCUACUUGUAGGUACCAAAACUCAGCUUAAUGAAAGCCUGCACAGCAAUGCUAGCCAAAUCAUCAUAUAACAUUGCAAGGCAGCUACAGUGCACAUUCUGACAUUUCUGAAUGUGCAAUCUCACACCUCCGCCACAUGCCCACUUACUGACAUAUGUAUACAGUAUGUCAAUGGCUAUGCAGCCUUCAAGAAAAAGAGAAAUGAGAGUAGAACUUUCACUCUCCCCCAUUACUGUGAUCACAGUGUUGUAAUAUACAAGUCCAGGGGUAAACCCCCUUUCCCCACCCACCCCCUUGCAUAAAUCUCAGCUCCUUUGCUCUGAAUUAUAGGAAAAGACAAAAAUGGGGGGGGUCAAAAAUCAGGAACAAUUUUAAACAUUACUCUAAUGCUCUUAAAAACUGAAUAGAAUGAUAAGUUUUGCAUCAGCAUGCAUUUCCUAACCAGUAAGUGUGAAACUCUGCCAUCUGGCAUUACUGACAGAGUGUUAUCUUCAGUAAUUACCUAAAAUCAAACAUUUUACAAAUGACAGGGCAAAAAUAACAGGCAAAUUAGAGAUGAUCUGCAAAAUCAGAGAGAGUUGGGAAGUAUGCUCUCUUACAAAAACAUACAUCAAACACAUCAAUUUCUGCUGCACUGGUAUUUAUUUGAUACUCAGAGGCUUUGGCAGUGACAAUCAUGAUUCAGCUUUCAGAAAUUAGAUCCAUUUUGGACAUAUGUUAUAAGAAUGUUGCACACAUCUAAUGUGCAUGCAUGCUAGUCCCCUGCAGUUCAAAAUAAAUGAAAACUGAUAGAAAUUCAUUAAUACUGACAUCAUAUAAUUAGCAAUAUUCCAUGACUGGGUGUGGGUACAUCAGGAUUUACCCACAGGUGGUGUGGUUUGAUCACAAGGAUGAAGCCUGAGAAGUUUGGUAAAUCCUGAUUCUUUAUUCAAAGAUAACUUUUAUAGCAAACUAUCACAUAGCAUAAGAUGGGCUGUUGAAAGGGCACAUAUGCAGAAUCUAGACCUAGAGUUAUGAUGUCACAUAAUACAUGCUAGUCAGUAUUACUCUGUUUUUCUUAUGACACUUCCCCAUUCAUUCUCUAAGUCUCCACUAUGCUGCCAUUCUAUCAAUCAGAUCUAAACAAUGCCUAUCAAUAAUUUUUGAAACAGUAAUAGAGAUGCAGUUCAUAUUUUUAAUGUUGCUAUUCUUUGCUUUUUUUUAAUUUGCUUUAUAAAAGUUUAUAUAUUGCAUACAUUUUUUUUUAUCUUCAUAGUGCCUACAAACUUCACCUGUAAAUACUGAUUCUUUCUUGAAGUGUAAUAUGAGUUGCCUGACUUUGUUUCAUGCACUGAGCAUUAUCUGUUAACAUUCCAUCAGUCAAAAACAAGUUAUGCUUCAUUGAUUUUUGAAUGUCAUGAGACAUAUCUUGAAAAUCCUCCACUCCCAAAAAAAACUCAAAAAAAUUUUUUUUUGUGGGGGCAAGUCUCCCUGCUCUCAACACUCCAUGGUCACGGUACGGUUGGAAAAAGUUAAGAAAAAGGAAAACACUGCAUUGCACAACCAUGUCAAACAAGUUAGUACAAUUUUGACAAACCACACAAAAAAAAAUUACAAUUGUACAAAAGCUGGUUGAUAGGGAAUUCCUCAAAGGAUAAAUGAAAAGCUGUAGACCGUGGUACUACUGUCCAUCUUUGAGCACCUUUAUUUCCAUGGUGUAGGAGUAUGCAUUUAGGAGCACCCAUCAUUCACUUUUCUUGACCACUGUGUUUUUUUUUUUCCAUUGGCUCAACCCAGGAUACAGUCUGCUUGACUGUAUAUCCAAAGCAAGCAUCAGUAUAGCUAGCAAAAACUAAAAACAAAAUAUGUGGCUGUAGGACCCCAUUUGCAUCUACUAUUUUUUGCAUGUGUUUAUUUUGUUGAAGGACAAAAGAGGCUGAUGAAUACUGAAACAACAUACCUGACCUCUGAAAGCAUUUUUUUCACCUUUUCCCCCUCAUUAUUGGUAUUACAAUUGCAGAAAACAUUAGUGAUGUAGAAAUGAACUAAAUGUUUCUUCCAUGGUGGCAUGAUAUGGGUCUGUCAUAACCUUUCCGUGUUAGUUUUACUAUGUUGAAUAUCAACGAAAUUAACUUCCCCUGAUUGGGAACUGCUAUAGUCUUGGUGAAUCUUUACAAGUUAAUACACUGUUUAAACUACAAAGGUUAGUAACUGUUUGACUCAAAUGCCUGCAAUAUGUUAUGUGAAUGGAAGAAUCCUACAUUAUUUGUGCUUGAACACUGAACAACCAAUUAGCUGAUGAAAAAUGCUGCUGUUUCUCAAUAAAACUAUUUGUUCAAGUAA